GUCCGUCUCAAGCCCAUGCUGGCGCGGGCCAAGCUGAGCGUGCCGGUGACGGAGGGUGCCGUGGAGGUGAAGCACAAUGGGCGCUGGAGGCAGGUGUGCGAUGCCAGCUGGACCAGGAACAACAGCCGCGUAGUGUGCGGGAUGCUGGGCUUCCCCCGGGAGAAGCACGUCAACACCAGCUUCUACCGGAAACUCUGGAACAUGAAGCUGAAGGACCAGAACUCCAGCCUGAAGACUCUCAUACAGAGGAACAGCUUUUGGGUCCACAUGGUGCAGUGCCAGGGCACAGAGCCCCACCUGGCCCACUGCCCCACGCAGGUGGCCCCACCAGCCCCUCGCCAGCAUGCCUGCACCCGACGCAUCCAGAAGGGCAAGGGCAGGCAUAAGACCUCCUCAGGAAAGGUAAGCCCUGGCAUGGUGCUGCCGGUGCGGCGACGAGCAGGCGCCCACGCUGGCGAGGGCCGGGUGGAGGUGCUGCGCCACGGGCAGUGGGGAACUGUUUGUGACAAGCGGUGGGACCUGGUCGCUGCCAGCGUGGUGUGCCGACAACUGGGCUAUGGGACAGCGAAGCAGGCCCUGGUGGGAGCCCAGAUGGGCCAAGGCCUGGGGCCCAUCCACAUGGCUGAGGUACAGUGCACUGGCCACGAGCACUCCCUGGGCGAGUGCCGCUUCCAGGAGGCCGAGCGCAGCGGGUGCCGGCACGAGGCUGACGCCGCCGUCCGAUGCCAUAUGCCCCACAUGGACUUCCAGAGCCAGGUGAGAUGAGCUGGUGGCAGAAGUGCUCUUGUGGGGAGGAAGAGGAGCGUGGGGGAGCUGUUCAGCUGGAUGCAUGUGGUGAUGAGUGGGGUGCGUUGUGCUGGAACCGAGCUGGCCCUCCAGCAGUGCCAGCGCCAUGGCCCCGUCCACUGCCCCAGCGGUGGGGGACGCUUCUCAGCAGGGGUCACCUGCACUGCCCAUGCCCCAGACCUGGUGAUGAAUGCCCAGCUGGUGCAGGAGACAGCCUACCUGGAGGACCGGCCACUUGAGCUGCUGUACUGUGCCCACGAGGAACGCUGCCUNNUCCGGAUGGGCACUGUCAUUACGGCUUUAUUUGGCUUCAAGGCUGUAAUUUGCUCAGAGCCUCUGGGUGCUGCCUGCUCCCCAGGGCGGCUGGGCUGGUCACGUGCCCCUGGGCACGGCCCCGGCCCCAUGCUCAGCCCCUGUCCCCACAGGCACUUCCACAGCAUUGAGGUCUUCACCCACUAUGACCUGCUGACGCUCAACGGCUCCAAAGUGGCCGAAGGGCACAAGGCCAGCUUUUGCCUGGAGGACACCAACUGCCCCGCCGGUCUGCAGCGACGCUUUGCCUGUGCCAACUUUGGGGAGCAGGGAGUAAGCGUGGGGUGCUGGGAUACCUACCGCCAUGACAUCGACUGCCAGUGGAUCGACAUCACUGACGUGCCUCCGGGCAGUUACACCUUCCAGGUGGUUGUGAACCCCAAGCAUGAGGUGGCCGAGUCAGACUUCUCCAACAACGUAAUGCGGUGCCAGUGCAAGUACGACGGGCAGCGCAUCUGGAUGCACGGCUGUCACACAAGUGAUGCCUACGGCGCUGACGUGGUGAGCGAUCUGGAGCGACGGGAGCGCCUGGCCAACAACCUCGUGUGA